AUGGACGAGCCCAGCCCGCUCUCGCCCAAGGCCAACGCGUUCAGCAUCGCCUCUCUGAUCGCAGCGGCCGCCCAGCGCGCCGGCCGGGGAGCGCUCGCCGAGGGGCCGGCGGCCGGCGGCCUGGCCAAGCCUUGCGCGCUGGGCAGCGGCCCGCCGAGGAUGCAUUUCAGCGCCGUUACCAGGGACAUGGAAGCUUUCACCGCCAGCAGCCUGAGCAGCCUCAGCGGCGCGGGGGGCUACCACCUCUCCCCCCCGGCGGCGGACCCCUACGCCCACCAUGAAGCGCCGCCGCCGCCUCCUCUGUACGACCCCUGCCCCGCCGGGCAGCCCGCGGCCGCCCCUCCGCCGGCCGCCCCUCCUCCGGCCCCGCCGCCGCCCCCGGCCCCGGUCCCGGCCCCGGCCCCGCACGGAUACCCCUUCCCGGGCCCCGCGCAGCCCGGAGGCCCCGAGCGCGAAGCUGCCGGGCCCCGCUGCGCCGGAGCGGCCGCCCCCAAGGCGCCGGUGAAGAAGAACCCCAAGGUGGGCGGCGUGGCCGUGCAGCUGGAGAUGAGCUCGCUGUGGGACGAGUUCAACCAGCUGGGAACCGAGAUGAUCGUCACCAAAGCCGGCAGGCGGAUGUUCCCCACCUUCCAGGUGAAGCUGUUCGGGAUGGAUCCCGUGGCCGAUUACAUGCUGCUCAUGGACUUCGUGCCGGUGGACGACAAGCGCUACCGAUACGCCUUCCACAGCUCCUCGUGGCUGGUGGCGGGAAAGGCGGACCCCGCCACCCCCGGCCGCGUCCACUACCAUCCGGACUCGCCCGCCAAGGGCGCGCAGUGGAUGAAGCAGAUCGUGUCCUUCGACAAGCUCAAACUGACCAACAACUUGCUGGACGACAACGGCCACAUCAUUUUGAACUCCAUGCACAGAUACCAACCCCGCUUCCACGUGGUCUACGUGGACCCGCGCAAGGACAGCGAGAAGUACGCGGAGGAAAACUUCAAAACCUUCGUCUUCGAGGAGACGCGCUUCACCGCCGUCACGGCCUACCAGAACCACCGGAUUACUCAGCUCAAGAUCGCCAGCAACCCGUUCGCCAAAGGUUUCCGGGACUGUGACCCCGAGGACUGGCCCCGAAACCAUCGACCCGGAGCCCUGCCCCUCAUGAGCGCCUUCGCCCGCUCCCGGCCCCCCGGGGCCUCUCCCGCGCAGCACAGCAUCCCCGACAAGGAGGCGGCCGACAGCCGGCGCGACUUCGAGCGCGAGUCCGGAGGGCCCCCCCUGCACGGCGACGCCGGGCCGCCCCACGCCCACCCGCCCCCGCCCCACCCGCACCAGCCGCCCCCGCAGCAGCUCCUGGCGCGGGGGCUGAGCCCGGGGGCCCUGGCGGUGGCCGGCGGGCUGGGAGCCCUGGCGGGGCCGGCGGCCGCCCGGCCCAGCCCCCCGCACCCCGACCUGCGCCUGGAGCCCCCGCAGGGCCCGGAGCCCCUGCACCACCCCUACAAAUACCCGGGGGGGGCGGCGGCCGCCGCCGCCGCCGCAGCCGCCGCCGCCGCCGCCUACGACCACUACCUCGGGGCCAAGAGCCGGCCGACGCCCUACCCUCUGCCCGGCCUCCGCGGACCCGGCUACCCGCACCCGCACCCCACCGCCGCCGCCAACGUGUACUCGCCCCCGGGGGGUCCGGCCAGCUACGACUACGGGCCCCGAUAGCGCCCGACGACCCCCGAAGACCACCCCCCUCCUCCCCCGGGACGCGCUCCUCGCCAAAAUCCGGGCUCGGGACCGGCCUUCGUUGGAGCCCCCACGAGUCCCUCCCACCCGGC